UUGAAAAUUCUGGCAAUAUGAACUAUAUAGUUGGCAGAGCCAUUUUAACUCCAAAGAAUAAUGAAGUUGAAAAAAUCUCUAACUUGAUUAUGAACUGGUUUCCAGGUGAAGUUUACACAUAUUACAGUGCAGACUCUGUAGGUUUAGAGGAUGGUAAUGUGGAACAGUCCCAAUUGUAUUCUCUUGAAUUUUUAAGAUUCCUAAAGAUUUGUGGUCUCUCUCCUGGUGAAUUAAAGUUAAAAGUAGGAAUACCUAUUAUGCUUUUACGAAACUUAGACCCAUCAAAAGGACUUU